UUAAUGCAGCCGAGAACCAGCUUCUGUCUGACAUCGUAACUUGGUGAACUCGCUGCAUUAAAUAUCAGUUUUUAUAUGUUGUAUUUGUUCGCUAUAACAACGCAAUUAUACGUGUCAAUUGGAUUAUUCCAGACAAGUGACAAUGGGAGUGGACCUGCAAAUAUACCGCCAACGAAUAGGAGGGUUCAAUGGUUACCGAACAAGCGGCAGCGCCCAAAGCACGGAGGGAACUCGAGCCUCAAGCAUCAGUUGGAGAGAUGUGCUCGGAGCCGUUGGGUUUAUUGGAAUGCUGCUUCUUAUGGCAGGGAUUGAGAGCAACCCUGGCCCUGGACAGUAUCCGGAUAGAGGAUUGACUCCGAAAGAUAUUGCAAAGGUUUCCCAGUACAUAACACUGAACUGGCAACUUCUAGCAGUGGAAUUCGAUAUUAGUACUGUCGAAAUUCAGAGGAUAGAAAUGGAAAAUAGCUCUGUAGCGCUGCGAGUUAACAGAAUGCUCAACCUUUGGACAGACAACAAAAGAGAUGGUGCAAAUGUCUCCACACUUUUGACAGCACUAGAAGAAUACCCCAGCAUAAGUGUGAACUGGGAAGAAGUAGCAAAAGUUUUUGGCGUCGAUGUCUUGCAUCAACGUCAAAAAAGGGUGCAUUCCACUGUUUCCGAAUCGGACUUCAACGAAUACGUUGUACCGGGAGUGGACCCAAGACACAAGCGGCGAGAGACAAUUUUUCAAAUAAUGGAUAUCCUUGGAUUAGAAAAACAUAGAUUGUCUGAUAGAAAAAUAUCAGUGCACGAUGUGAUUGCGAAUGGGUUCUCACAGCGGACUGGCAACCCCCGAGACGUUGUCUGGAUAUUACUGAACGGGAUUUUAAACGCAAACUCAGAUAUAAGAGAUAGUAUAGGAAAAAUUUGUUUUUCUGAAGAAGAAAAUAGAAAACCGGCUACAAAAUCACGAGCCAUGGACUUGCUUACAGGUUCCGAUACUAUGGAAUGCAAAGAGCUGAGUCCGCUUGAUGUAUUCUUUGUUGUUUUUCAGUGCUGUGACUCAAGAUUAAGGAUUUUGAUUGCAAAAAGAUUAUACAUGUGUAAGCUGGCAAUUCCAUUUAUGUUUGAUAGCUUCGAGGAGAACUACAAGUUUAUGGUUUCGAUUUGGCCUAUGAGAACAAUUGCUGUGCAAACGGUAGAGAAAUAUAGCGAAACGCGUAUGUUCAACUCCAAAUCUCGGUUGAUCGCAUUUGCAAGAUUUGGAAAUACAGGAAGUACGUCUAAAUCGUUGUUGCUUAAUGCAGUAUUAUCGAACGAGAAUUUCCCAACGUUUUAUAAUAGGGAGUGCCAAUCGGGGAUGUUAAAAAGAAAUGUAAGUAAUGGUUGUAUGGAGAUCUUUUUUGUUCCAGCAUUUGAAGAGGGAGGAAUUUGCACAUAUGUUAACUUAAGGGGAAAUAUCAAUGGCGAUUUGGAAGAAAACUGUCUUCAAUUCAUUGGAAAGAUUUCAGAUGUUCUCAUUAUUCUUACCAGAGCAAGCUAUCUUAGUGAAAACCUUUCCAAGUUUGAAAAUUUGGUUGUCGGAUUUGGAAAAACAGUCGUUGUAUUUACCGAUGAAAAGCUCAACGCAAAUGAAAAGAUCAUAAAGGCGUUUGAAGGUAUAGAUUCUCUUAAAUAUCGUGGUAUUCCUAUUGACAUAACUGAUAGCCAUAACAAAGGUGUGUUGAAAAACACUAGAGCUAUAGCAACUAAAUUAUUAGAUUAUAUUCGUGACCUGCCUUUAUCAAAAUCAAUGUCGGACCGACUGAAGUAUCAAGACUUAAAUACAUCGAUAUUGAUCGACGAAAAGAUAAACGAAUCUGUGAUUGGGAGGAAGCAGGCAUACGAGGUAAUGGUUGCCAUGAAAAUAGACUUGUCCCACGUUGAGAGUAGUGAAAAACACAUUCGAAAAAAUACAUUUUGGAAACGGGCUGUUACACCUGGUUCUUAUAGCUACUCUCGAGAAAUUAGUAGAAUUAUAAAACGAAUUCACAGAAAGCCUAAUGAUGAACAAAAUAAUAGUUUAAUAAGCUUGAGAAAAGAAAUGGUUGGAAAAGUCUCAAAUGGAAUUAAGAAGCUUGUUCAGUGCUUCAUAGAAGACAAAACUAAGCCGAUUGUUUUGUACUUUACUUUUGAGUGGUUGAGCAUUUUGAUAGAAUUAGAAACGUACCCAACCCUUCACGAUUACACUUCUUUGUAUGUGAAAGUGAAACAAAACAACGAAGCGAAGAAAGAAAGAGUUCAAAAUGAAGUGGAUGAUCCAAUUGUCGUAGAAGAAAUUAAAUUGGCUGACGAUUUCUUAAAGCAGAUAGAAGCCAAUAUUCAACAAGCUUCUAUAACUGUAGAACAUCUCUUUAGAGAAAUUGUGCACAUUUGCGAUGCCUCCAUUGAAACAGAGGAAUAUAGUGAAGCAAUCGACAAGCAAUCAGUACAUGAUAUCGCCGAUGCCUUUUCCAAUGAAAUGCUCAACUGCACCUCUUUCGAAAUAAUAGACAGUGACACCGAUUUUAUGCCUAGAGAAUGGAUGAGAUUCGUCACAAGUAAAGCUUGCAAGAAAAUACCUCAGUCAAGAAUAAUAACAGUUUCUGUGCUCGGAUGCCAGAGUGUAGGAAAAUCCACAUUGUUGAAUCUCAUGUUUGGAACAGACUUCAAAGUUGGUUCAGGUUGUACUACAAAAGGUGUACACGCACAACUCGUACCUAUCCAAGACUCAAACUCAGGCCUUCCAUUUCAGUACAUUUUUGUAAUUGACACAGAAGGUUUACGGAAUCCGGAAACUGAAACCGUAAUGGGACCUAAUUUAAGAGACAAAGAACUGGCAACAUUUGUGAUGGGUUUAGCUGAUAUUUCACUUAUAAAUAUCAUGGGUGAGAACCCUUCCUAUAUGAAGGACAUUUUACAAGAAGCCGUUUCAAUACUUGUUCGACUUUACCGCACAAAUAAGUCCUUACAUGUCGGAACAUCUUGCAUGUUUAUUCACCAUAAUAUAUCUGAGUCAAAUGUUUAUGCUCAAACAAAAGAAGGUAUAGAUAAUACAAUACGGAAUCUCGAUGAAGUUACCAGGACAGCUGCUGAAAAUGAAAAUAUGCAUACAAUCAAAACGUUUAAGGAUGUUAUUGAGUUCAGUGCCUCGACUGAUGUUUUGCAUGUUCCAACAUAUUUACAAGGACCAUUAAACAGAGUUAAUCAGGCUUACAGUAAACGUUUAUCAGAAUUGAAAAGAACUAUUUUAGAAAAAUCUAGAAAUUCACGAAAACUGAAAUCUUUAGAAGAAGUGUUUACCCGGGCAGACAAUUUGUGGGAAGGUCUACUAGCCGAAGAUUUUGUAAUUUCAUUUCGAAAUAGCCUUGAAUUGAAAGCUUAUCGGGACAUGCAAGUAAAGAUUAAUACCGAACUAGCAAACUUUGAGUCACACUAUUUGGAAAAAUACAUAACGAUAACACAGACUCGGUUUUCGCAAGCAACUUGUAAGAAGCAGUUAGAUAUCGAAAAGAAAAACAUUCUUGAGGAAACCCGUCAACACUUGCUCUAUACAGCAGAACAAUCAGAGGUGAAAACAGUUGAAUCAAUUUAUCAGAAAAAAGCCCAGGAAGAAUGCGAAUACACGGAGUUAAUUGGAAAGUGGAAGCAAGGCAUACAAUACAGAGUUCAUGGAUGCAUACUGGAAAUGAUACAUGACGUAAAAAAUACAACUGAUAAACUUUUUGACAAAAGGCUUAUGGAAAUAGAGACCUCAUUGCCCGAAGAUAAAAACCACAAAUUUAUCAAAAGGGUGACGGAAGAAGCAGCACAAUUAAGUUCACAGCAUUUGACAGAAGCAUUAAUAAAUGACAGAUUUGAGGCGUGUUGGAGUAGCUAUUUAAGUGAUAUCGACCUCAGUCAAACGACAGAUCACAAAGUCGAUUUGAAGGCUGCCUUUGAUAGAUAUUUUCAGAUACAGUAUGGAUGUGAGAAUAGUGCUGAAUGGCUGGCUACUCAUCAAAAAUCUCAAAUAGAUCCAGAAACGUUCACAGAAACAGUUCAACUAGAUGAAAAUGACUUUAAAUUGUCCAAACAUUUUAAGUCAAAUUGCAAAAUGAUCGUGGAAGGAAUACGCUUUAAAAUAUUAGCUUUGUGUAGUUCGGAAUGUGAGGUCAAUAAGAAAGAUGUAAAUGAAUUUCUAGCGUUUAUGGAUUCAGAAAUAGCACGGUUUACUUCUGGCGGUUUCGAAAUAAGUGACAAUUUUAAAAUGAAAUUGGUAACUCACUUUUGUCACUUUGCUUUAGACCGGUUGAAUGAUCACAACGAUAAUUUCUACAGCAUGAACGGUACCACGGCUCAUAUUGAACGAUUCAAACGAAGAAUGAGAAGUAAAUUUGAUUCAAUCGUCCUCAACUGGACAAACAAGAAAACAGUGGCUGAACGGUUUUGUGACGAGAUCAAAACGGCCAUUAGAAAAACCAUUCCUGUUCGUUUGCAAACCAAACAAAAACAAAUGGUGUUCGAGAAGAUGACAGAUAAAGGGACAUUCCUGCUAAUGAUUCACACAGAUUUGCUAGAAAAAGACGAAUUUUUGGAGUUUGAUUUUUACAUUCAGCACCCAGAGAUUUCUGCAGAACGAUGGUUUCAAACCCAAUGCGAGAAACUCUUAAAGGACAAGGAAGGCAUUUGCAAAUUUGCCUGCGAUGAAAUUGUCUUAAUGUUUGAUGAAAUAUGUACGGUCCUGAAUAAUCACUUUCAGCGUUCACAUGGUGAUUAUGUUAUGUCUUUAGAUGAAUGGUUUACACGGAUAUUACCUGGCUUAGCAAAGUAUGGACUUUGUAAACAACAGUUCAGUUAUUUCGAAAAGGUUUUCGGGAAGAACAUUGAUGAUGUUAAGGCUUUUAUUUCGUUGAUAACCAGUGGCGAUGGUUUUCUUAACAGAUGCAAAAAGGAACUGCAACAGGAGAUACAAACAAAGCCAGUGUUUUGUGAUUCAAGUCUCCUAUUUAGAAAGUUUUCGCGCAUUUGGGGAUGUUUGGAAAGUUGCCCGUUCUGUGGUGAGCCCUGUAGGUGGGAGACCGGUCACUUACACAACGAACAGAAACACUCCUGCUUUCAGCAUAGACCGGGUUGUUGUAAGGGAAAUAAUUUUCUGAAAACAGAUGAGGCUUGUUUGGAAGCUUGCAAUUUUAACGUACAGUCCAAUAUCUCCUUUAACUGCGAAACAGCGGGCAAUAUUUGCGGACCGGAAUGCACAGAGAAAUGGCAUAAAUUUAAGGAAUACAAAAAGUUGUUUCAAGAUUGGGAUAUUUCUCCUUCUACGGAUACACACAACAGUUCUGUCUAUUGGAAAUGGUUUGUAGUUCAUUUCAAAAAAGAACUCCAAGAGAAAUAUGAUCUAAAGCUUGGCAACAUUCCUGAAUCAUGGACAAAAAUUAAGAAGACGCAAGCUAAACGGUCUUUGAAAUCAGAUUACUGCAUUUAGAAAGUUCAUCUCUCUUGUUAUGUAUGCUUACUAAUGCAUAAUUGUUUGAUAGUUUGCAUUAUGUUAUAUUUCUGAACUUUUUGCUCGUCCACAAGACAAUCGGGCUUUGCAUGAAAUUAUGUCAACAUAUGUGUUACUUACACUGUUUCUGCAUACAAAUAUGUAUCCAUUGUAUUGUAAUACAUUGCAUUGUACAGUUUUGUGUUGUAUAGGUGUGUGAUUGAGUGUGUGUGUUUCGGUGCUUCAAUUAGUAUUGUUCUGUAACAUAAAAGUAUUCACUUUAGCUUAAUAUAUAUUUGCCUGAAAAUGACUCAAGCAAAUUGAUUAACAUUAAAUGUAUCUUUAUGCAUAUGCAAUUGUAUAAUUAUAUAUGUUUAUAUCAAUAUGUAAUAUUUAUGGAGAUAUUCGAUGUAUUUUGAUAAAUUUUUUAUAAAGUUCGUAGUGCUGUGUUUUUCAAUUUGUAAUUUUUCGUGUUUAUUUUUACAUGUACAUGUAUUUUAUAGAUAGAAAUUAAGGCAUGAAUCCACAUAUAACUGUUUUCCCCUGUAUCUAAAUUUUUUACGUGUAUUCAAUUGCAGACAUGAGUAUAUGUUUUGUACUAUGUUUGCAUCUUCUAUUAUUUUUUAACUAUUUACUUAUUCUCAGUAAAUCAAUAGUGGUUCGGGCAUAUAUACUUUAUUGCGACCUUUAUCGUCCAAUUCACUAAAUAAGUGCUUUAUGGAUACUGAUGUAAAUAUUGUAUUUUAUUUGUUAGAUAUAUACAGAAAUGUAAUGCUUUCAUACAUCCAAAGUUUUGUUUACAAGUGAAAUAAAAU